UUUGCUGGUGCGCUAGGGUUUUCGCGGAAGGUAGAGGGUCAAGGCGCGGGCGAGAACAAGAUCGCAUUUCCUCGCGCUCGUCGAUCGAUCUGAUCCCAGCUCGUUUCAGCGGAGAUCAUGACGACCAUGGAGAGCCUCAUCGGGCUCGUAAAUCGGAUCCAGCAGGCGUGCACUGUGCUGGGGGAUUAUGGCGGCGAUAGCUCGCUCCCGACGCUCUGGGAGUCCUUGCCGUCGGUUGUCGUUGUCGGUGGCCAGAGUUCUGGGAAAUCGUCGGUGCUGGAGAGCAUUGUGGGGCGUGAUUUCCUGCCCAGGGGAUCGGGAAUCGUGACCAGGAGGCCCUUGGUGCUGCAGCUCCACAAGACGGAGGGAGGAGCCGAGUAUGCCGAGUUUUUGCACAUUCCAAAGAAGCGAUUCACGGAUUUUUCUCUGGUGAGGAAAGAGAUCCAGGAUGAGACGGAUCGAGUGACUGGCCGUAGCAAGCAGAUUUCUCCCAUUCCAAUCCAGCUGAGCAUCUAUUCGCCAAAUGUUGUGAACUUAACGCUGAUUGAUUUACCGGGAUUGACAAAAAUUGCUAUAGAGGGUCAGCCAGACAGUAUUGUUGCUGACAUAGAAAACAUGGUGCGGUCUUAUGUCGAGAAGCAAAAUUCUGUCAUUCUCGCUAUCUCUCCAGCGAACCAAGACAUUGCAACAUCUGAUGCUAUGAAGCUAGCAAGAGAAGUGGAUCCUACAGGUGAACGGACAUUUGGUGUGUUAACAAAACUGGAUCUGAUGGACAAAGGAACAAAUGCUCUUGACGUUCUUGAGGGGCGGUCAUACAAACUACAACAUCCAUGGGUUGGAGUUGUCAAUCGCUCACAGGCCGAUAUCAACCGUAGCGUGGAUAUGGUAGCUGCCAGGCGUCGUGAAAGAGAGUAUUUUUCCUCCAGCGCCGAUUACGGUCAUCUGACGAGUCGCAUGGGUUCGGAAUACCUUGCAAAGAUACUUUCAAAGCAUUUGGAAGCUUUUAUAAAGGCGCGUAUCCCAAGCAUUCUUUCGUUGAUAAACAAAACAAUCGAUGAGCUAGAAAUGGAGUUGAACCAGUUGGGGAAACCCGUCGCUGUUGAUUCCGGGGCGCAGCUAUACUCGAUAUUGGAGCUUUGCAGGGCCUUUGAUCAAGUCUUCAAGUCCCAUCUCGAUGGAGGACGACCUGGCGGUGAACGCAUAUACACUGUUUUUGAUAAUCAGCUCCCUGCUGCACUUAAAAAGCUUCCUUUCGAUCGGCAUUUGUCCAUACAAAACGUACGAAAGGUUGUGAUGGAAGCUGAUGGUUAUCAGCCACACUUGAUAGCACCUGAGCAAGGUUAUAGGCGGCUUAUUGAUGGCGCUUUAGUAUUGUUUAGAGGUCCUGCCGAAGCGGUUGUUGACGCGGUCCAUUUUGUUUUAAAGGAUUUGGUGCGCAAGGCUAUUGGAGAGACGAUGGAGUUGAAACGCUUUCCAACUUUACAAGCCGAAGUUGCCGCUGCAGCCAUUGAAGCACUUGAGAGAUGCAGGGAGGAAAGUCGAAAGUUUUGUUUGCGCCUGGUCGACAUGGAAUCAAGCUACUUGACGGUGGAGUUCUUCAGAAAGCUUCCGCAAGAGUUCGAUAGGGGUGGCAACCCGUCUGCAACUACCAUGGAUAGGUACACAGACUCUCACUUGAGAAGAAUCGGGUCGAACGUCACAAACUACGUCUGGAUGGUCUGUGAGACGAUCAGAAUCUCAAUCCCAAAAGCUGUCGUGCACAACCAGGUCCGGGAAGCUAAGCGGUCGCUGCUAGACAACUUUUACACCCAGGUCGGCAAGAAAGAGGGCAAGCAGCUAGCUCAGUUGCUCGAUGAGGAUCCAGCGUUGAUGGAGCGCCGAACGGCCUGUGCUAAGAGGCUCGACCUGUAUAGAGCAGCUCGGGAUGAGAUCGACUCGGUGGCGUGGGGUAAGUGAGAGUUAAGUGAGUGUGAGCUGGGGAUGUACAUUACUAGUCCAUAGGAGAUUCAUUUUGAGAGCGAAGGGGGAGAGUCUGGUGUCUUCUUUCUCUCUUGACAUAUACGUAGGAUGAUGAAUAUAUACUAUUAGCGAGCGUUUUUUUC